UCGGAUUAUCGGUCCGGACAUCAAUUCAUUCCGGGUGUAUUUUUGGGACAACCCCGCAUAAGUCAGAUCUAAUUACGAGUGGAGCAGCUAACUAAGGGAGUUUCUUUCUUUCUCGAGGGAUCAACUUGUCUUUCAGCUAAAGGGGUUAGAUCUACUGACCAGACCAACGUCCAUUCGCUUUCAUUUCUCGUCUAAGCGUUGACUCUGUCCGUGGUCCAUCUUGACACCUCAGGAGCAAUCGCACCUCGUUGUUGAACAUGACCGGAGAGAAAUAUACGACUGUGCAGGACAUCCCCACCGCUCAUCAUUGCGUGGUCCAAGCUCCCUUCUUGCGUCAUGGUACACACGACUCGUCCUUGAGAACCAAGUUUGAUGACCGGGACGAUCAUGAGCCAUUCGGCAAGGACCAACCAUCCUUCAUCUCUGUCCACGAUUCUUUUAAAUCCCAAAUCCUCGGCUCCUCCGCAAGUAUACAAGUCAUAGCGGAGGAUUCCAAGGCGUUCGCGCAUGAAGCUGGGGUCUGGGUCGAAUCAACGCAAGAAGUCUGGCUCACGAGUAACCUCUACUUUGACGGUCAACAAAAUGCGAAACAUCCUGAACUCCAAGCUAAGCGAGCAGAGAUCAGUAAACUUGCGAUUCCCUCGGGCAAAGUGACCACACGAGAUGAUCUCCUUGAACAUAUCCUCACACCCAACGGUGGAUGCCCUUAUGGAUCAUAUGUGCUGUUUUGCGAACAAGGAGCUGGACCGGAUAGACCCAGUUCGUUCGUCUUGGUCGAUCCAAAGGACUCGUCAAAAGAGCCUAUUGUCAUAUUGAAUAACUUUUACGGUCGGCAUUUCAAUUCACUGAACGAUGCUGUGCUGUUACCUCCGCCAAAGAACGUCAAGCUUGGCUCUGCGACUACAGACAAUUCCUCUUUACCUGGUGGACCUCCCUCAGGCUGGACGUUAUGGUUCACGGACCCUACAUACGGGCACGAACAAGGUUUCAGACAGAAACCUCAGAUGCCAAGUCAAGUCUAUUGCUUUGACCCACAGACCUCCGAAGUGAGAGCUGUGGCUGAUGGCUUUGAUCACCCGAAUGGACUAUGCUUCAGUCCCGAAGGAGAUGUCUGCUAUGUCACAGAUACGGGCUCAGUACAUGGAAAUGGAGAUAUCAGUCAUCGAAGACCGGCAACGAUCUAUGCGUUUGACGUUCAUUGGCCAGAUGUGGAUAUGACAAUUGGCGGCCCCACCUUACACAAUCGGAGAUUGUUCGCCUUCAUUGACGUGGGAUUACCAGAUGGCAUCAAGUGCGACACGGCGGGCAACGUUUACUCUGGUUGUGGCGACGGUGUCCAUGUGUGGAACAAAUAUGGCAAGCACAUUGGGAAGAUCUUCCUCGGCACAUACUGCGCCAACUUCUGCUUCAUCCCUGGCGGAAGGAUGAUAUGUCUGGCAGAGGAAAAGAUUUUCCUCGUCGAGGGACUUCAGGUGGAAGGAGCAUUGCUGGAGCAAAAGAUUUAACGACGUCCAAUGACGAGAGCAUGCAUAAGGGAUGGAGCACACUCCUUUCGUAUACUUUCACACG